UCGUCUUGUUCGGCGCCUCCUUCCUCCGUUCAUCCCCACCACUCCCCCUUCCCCCUUUUAAACCUCCCAAGAAACUCGCAAUUUCAAGAGAUCGUACGGACUCCGACAGCUACUGCCAACCCAGCAAGCACCCCAUGGCAGGCGGCGGCGAGUAUUCGGUUGCGGCGGCGGGCGGCGGCGGGAAGGUGGCGUGCGCGGCGUGGAUCCGGCGCCGAGAGGAGAAGACCACCCGCGUCUUCGCCGUCUACGGCCGCCCCUCCCCGCCUGCACUGGAGGUCCUCGGCUUCGACUCCGUGCGCUGCUCGCUCUCGGAGGAGCCCCUGGCGAGGAUUGUGCUCGGGGAUGAUUCGGACGAAGCGCCGCGAGGCAUCGCGGUGCACCCGACCGGCGACGAGCUCGUGUGCGCAACCGCCAACGGGUGCAGGCUAUUCAAACUGAUUUUUGAAGAGCUCACGGUCCGCUUUAUCGAAAGCAAAGCUCCAGCACUCGAAUCUAUUGGACCGCAGAAAUGUCUUGCUUUCAGCACAGAUGGUGCUAAAUUUGCUAUCGGUGGUGAGGAUGGGCAUCUCAGAAUAUUACAUUGGCCAAGCAUGAAGGUGCUCUUAGAUGAACCCAAAGCUCAUAAGUCAUUCCGAGACAUGGACAUCAGCUUAGACUCAGAGUUUUUAGUUUCAACGUCCACUGAUGGUACUGCUAGAAUAUGGAAGAUAGACGAGGGGGCACCAUUGGUCAACUUAACUCGAUCUUCGGAUGAGAAGAUCGAAUGCUGCCGCUUUUCCAGGGAUGGCAUGAAACCGUUUCUGUUCUGCACAGUUGCAAAAGGUACCAAAGUUGUGACUGUUGUUUGGAAUAUAAGUGAUUGGGCUAGAAUUGGUUACAAAAGACUCUUGGGAAAACCUGUCUCCACACUUUCAGUUAGCAUGGACGGCAAAUUUCUAGCUUUAGGAAGCCACGAUGGUGAUUUUUGUGUUGUGGAUGUAAAGGAGAUGGAGAUUUCUCACUGGAGCAAGAAGCUCCAUCUUGGUUCCCCAGUGUAUGGCAUUGAAUUUUGUCCUACUGAAAGGGUUGUAAUCUCCACAUCGCCGCAGUGGGGAGCGGAGGUGACAAUUCUGAAUGUGCCUGCUGAUUGGAAAGAAUGGCAAGUCUGGCUCAUACUCUUGGCGCUCUUCCUUACGUCGGCCAUUCUGUUCUAUGUAUUCUACCAGAAUUCCGGUUCCUUCUUUGGCGCCCCGCAUCAAACCACCAAGCCAUGGAGUGUUCUGAACGAGGCCCCUCCAUCUCCUGAAAACCAGAACCCGUGGUGAAUUUAGCUGCCACCAGUGUGUUUCUUCUCUUAAGCAAUUUAGUACCGCAGGUGUUCUUUAUUUCAUUCACGUGAGUUUUUUUUCUUCCAAAUCUGAUGGAUGUUGUACCAGACCAGUUGUGCACUUAUCUGAUCACGUUAGUAUUUAUCUAGGAAACACAGCCACUGUAAAUGAUAGUACGAGAAUGCCAGACUUGUGAAUCAUUGCUUGAUUAAAAAAAAGAGUGAUAUUCAAUUGCA